CAUGACGUUACCGUGUUAUAUGAAGCCCGCUCUGAUUGGUCGAAUGGCUUCGUGACAGCUUCCGGUAUAUGGAGCACAAGAUUUGAAUUUCCCUUCCUCUUCGCUGUUGCUCUGUCUGCCUCCUCUUUUAUUCACAACAACAAGCGCAUUUGAGCAGAGGAAACAAUGAAUGAUGACACCCUCAGGUUAUUUGAAAGAGUUGCUAACAAGAUGGGCUGGACUGGUGAGGGAGGACUGGACACAGCAGAGAAAAAGCUGAUCAGCUCAAUUGGCAAAACUCGUCAUGCUGCCACAAGCAGUCGUCCAUCUGUUCAUCAGUCAGCCUCUCCUGUCCAGCUCCCCCUCUCUGACAGUGAAGAUGACCCAGAGAAGGAGAACCAAUACUCCAAGGGCAACGAUUACAGAAACAAGUUUUUGAUUGAGUCCAGUGAUGAUGACUUUGACCAAUUUCUUGUGGGAACACCGAAAGCUAAACCGCCCUCACUGAACCCACAUAGUGUUGCAAAGAAAGAGAGUUCAAAUGUUCUUGUGGUGAGCUCGGAUGAUGACGACGGUUUUGAGACAUUUCUGCAACGAGUGAAAACCCCCAAGGCCAAGCCUAAGGACAUAUCAGUGAGUGGGAGUGAAGAUAGCCUCAAAAACUUCAUAGUGGAUGACCUCUCAUCAGAUGAUGACUUUAUUAAGACAAAAUCAUCUUUUAAAGUGCCUAAGAAGAGCAAUACUCCAGCAGCCCAGCAUCCACUGAGAAGACCACUGUCUCACUUUGCCUCCCCGGUCUUUGUUAGUGACAGUGAUGAUGAUGAUAAUGAUAACAUUGUGGUCAAAAGCACUUGGAGGACUCGUCACUCAAAACCUAAGCCCACGCCAAAGGCCAACAAGAAUAAUGAUCUGCGGUGUGAUGAAGAGGACAGUUCGCCGUCGCUGCCUUUCCCUCCCAUCCCUUCUCCUUUUUCUCUUCUUCCCCCCAAAACUCUAACAUCACUGGCCACUCCAAAACGCACUCUGUCAGCACCUAGUAAGCUGGAUGGAUCAGACAGCUCUGACGAGGAGUUCACUUCCCUGCUGGAGAGACUGAAAUUAAAAAAUAAGCUCCCCGGCACUUCAUUCACACCCAAGAGCACCCACAAGGGCAAUAAGGAGCCUCCUCCUGUGUCGGCUCCUCCUGUAAAGGGACUCGCCACACCAGUCUCUAAAUCAUUAUGGGAAACACCUCUGCACGUGAAGACACCAGGAAAAUCCAGCAUCUUGAAGCCCACAGUCAGUCAGACGGAGCCCAGACACGGCCCCACCAGCAGGGUGGCAUUUUGUAAGACCCCAGGGUGCUUCUUGCAGUCCAUGUCAAACCCUGGCUCCAGCUAUGGUCGCAAUUUCAAGCAGAACAAGGAGGAACUCACCAGUAGACUUUACCAGCUGUACAAUACCAGUGUGUUCGACAGUAAGCUCCCCAUCGAUAUGUCAGUGAAGUGGAAUAAGAAAAUGCGGAAAACAGCCGGUUACUGUGUCACGGGGCAGGAGCGAGGCGGAGGGGGCCGUUACGCCCGCAUCGAACUGUCAGAGAAAGUCUGCGAUUCUGCAGAUCGUCUCAGGGACACACUGAUUCACGAGAUGUGUCACGCUGCCACCUGGCUGAUUAACGGCGUAAGGGACGGGCACGGGAACUUCUGGAAGCUGUACGCCCGCAAGUCCACGCUGGCGCAUCCCGAGCUGCCCAUGGUCACUCGCUGCCACAGUUACGACAUCAAGUACAAAUUCAUGUACCAGUGCACCCGCUGCCAGAACACGAUCGGGCGUCAUUCCAAGUCACUGGACACACAGAGGUUCGUGUGCGCCCUCUGCAAAGGACAACUUGUCUUACAGACGCCUGCCAAGCCACGGGCUCCCACACCUUUUGCCAACUUUGUGAAAGAGAAUUAUGGGAAUGUACGACAGGAGCUAUCAGGACAAAGCCACGGGGAAGUGAUGCGUAAACUUAGUGCCGACUUUGCCUCCAAGACUAAACUAAGUCAAAGCUGAGGUCUAAAUACUCGCUGUACUUGCAGCCAUGGAGUGAGCUGCACAACCUGUUCAAAACCUGUUUAAAUUCUUCAAUACCUCAGUCAACUAGUCUUACAUUAGCGAGCAGCUGUGAUUAUUAAUAAUCUAGAAUCUAUUUUUAUAUUUUUUCAUUUCAUCUCUGUAUUUAUCAGUAUGCGAUUAUAGACUGGAUCUGAAAAAACUGAGCCUAAACAUUCCAGUGUGUGUGUCUGUGUGUGGGGGGAGGGGGACAAUGGAAUUCAUACCACCUGUUAUCCCUGCUAUCUUAUAUAUACUGGACAUCAGUUGUACAGUGCGGUAAACGUAUGAUUAUAUCCAUAUAUUUGACUGGUUUUAUCGUCCUGUUAUGAACUCUAUAAAUAAAGUUUCAAUGUGUGACUGUACAUUAAA